UUCUCCGCCUUCACCACUAGCGCUUCUGUUCCCCCGCAGAAGCUUGUCCGUGAGCGCCGUCAAUCGUCCUCCCAAUCUGGUCCCUGUUCCUCGGGACGUUCACGCCCCCGUUCCUUUUCAAAUUCCUCUGGCACGUCCCGGCCUCCACUCGACAUUCGGGAACCAAUCAACACAGAUCAAGGUACGAUGGCACCUGCCGCUGUGGAACUCCCGAAUCCAUCUAGGCAAAUGUGCUGGUCCCAGUCUUCUGCCCCCAGUUUCGUCCCUCCAGAUUAUCAGACCACCGUCAAUUGUCAAAAGAAGAGUGGCUUCGAGAAUUUCCAAAUGUCCGAGCCACCCUUCGGCUGGGACCUGGACUCAAGCACUAGAAUUCCAAAUCUUGUAUCUCACUGGGUGACCCUGAUGGAAAUAGUCAACGACUUUGCACGCGCUGUAAAUCCUACAGAGAGGCAGUAUUCGGAUCCAGCCAGUUGCAAGUCGUCUUUUGAAUUGGCCCAGAAGAAGCUUUAUGUCGACCUUCAUGCGUUCAGGGAGAGACAUUUCGCAGAGCUCUCGGUGAUUUUGGAUGAGAACCGGAAACUUAGAAAGAAAAAACGAAUAAUAAAGUGGUUCGAUCUUGAUGGACGUACUGAAAACUGUUGGGCCAUGUGA